AGAAAAAAGGGAUUCACAAAACUUGACAACCGUAAGUUACGGAGAAAAAAAACGAUGAUUCUGUAAAGAUUUUGUACAUAUAAGUUUGUAAAAUGUAACUAGCUGUAGAACAGGAGUGAUUCUCUUGUUUGUUUUCCAGAUCUAAAUGUAAAUCUUCCCACAUGUUGCUGAUCUUCUGGUGACAGUUUGAAUUCUCACUUACAGCUGCUUUUAUUUCCAUUAGUCAUCACUUCCUCCUCGAUAAAAAGACUUUAUUUUAGUCGCCUGUUACUAGACGAGGUCCGGCCGGCUGCAGAGAUGUUUCAUCUCUUCCUCCUCCUCGCUGCAGGAUUCUGUCACAGCGCGACUGACAUGCAGUUAGUCACUGUGCUGCAGGGCUCAGUGGCCACCCUGCCCUGUCCUGAGGAGGGAGAUGUGACGUGGAGCCGCUACAUAGCUGGUGAACAGGUCCCUCUGGUCACCAUCACAAACGGCCUUGAGACACAAAAAACUGAACGCUUUGGUUCCCUGGCAGAUAAAUCUCUGGUCAUAACAAACAUUAUAGCCUCUGAUACUGCAACAUACUUGUGCAAUAAGGCUCGAGUGUAUCUGAACGUGACAACGGAUCCUAAAGCCGUGAGGCCCAGUGCUGGAAAUGAACCGGUCACACAGAGAAACGACGGAUUCAGCCAGAAGGACGCCAACCGACAAGCUGCAGACUUUUGGAAAUUUCCUGUCGGAGUCCUUGUCGGAGUCCUUGUUGGAGCGGCGUUGGUGCUUUCAGUGAUCGUCACUGUGAGAUUCUGCUCCAAACGCUCAGACAGAACUGUCACUGAGGUGAUUUAUGAGGAGGUCCGAGCUGGAGUGGAGCAGCCAGGGGGGGACUCUUAUUUUGAAAGUCCUUACUAUACAACAAGUAUCAGUGAAACGCCGAGCGCCUCCACAGCUCCAUCACACAAUAAUAUGUACAGCUCUGUGAGCAGGCUGACGGCUGAAGGAACCACUGAGGAGUGUGUGUAUUCACUCGCCCAAAACCCACUUCAGACAGGAAGUACUGAUCAAUAACCAGCUGCCACUGAGAGAUAAACAACAACAACAACAGCUGAUAAACUGAGGAAACUUAGCCUUUGUGCUUCACUAGAGACAUUUUUGGUGUUUUAAACAUUUUCUUUCAAUCAUUUUGGCUUUGUUUAUGCAAAUGGUAUACACUGUAAAAAUAAAUAAAAACAUCCAGAAAUUUACAGUAUUAUUUUAGUGUGAUUUCAUGUUUUUCUACAUUAAGUGCAAAAUUAAUAUAAUGGGACAUUUUUACAGGAAAACUUUUAACUUUUAUGUUAAACUUCUUUUCCAAAGAAAUUGUCAAAAAAUGUAAAAAGUCUGGCAGCUUAAGUUGCCAAACACUUAUCUUCAUAUUAAAGUAAAAUAAAUAUUAUUAAUAUUAAUAUUAUUCUACAGAUAUAUCUUUUUAAAAAUACAGAUACUUAAUGUUUAUUAUUGGACACAAAAAUUAAAAUGCAUCAAAAUCAUUGUUGUUGCUAAUCAGCUAGUAAACAGAAUGAUUUUCUUUUUUUUGUUUUCUUCUUUCUCAUUAAAAACAACAGUGGCAUGUGUUGUAAAAAAACAUUUUAAAUUCUAAAAAAUGAAUGCAUAUUUAGUGACUGAUGUGGGUUAAAAAAAAUAAUAUUAAUAUACAAUAUUUUUGUAGCAGUUUUAGGGACAUUUUUGUUCCUUAAAAGGUAACAAGUUUUUCUAUUUAAAUUGGACACUGCACAAAGAAUAAAAAAUGCAUCAAAAACAAUGAUGUUGCUAUGACCACUGACAUUUGUCAGACUGUAAAGAUUGAAAAAAAAAAAAAAGACAUUUUUGUUAAGGUGAAAAACAACAGUUGCAUUAUGUAACCAAAGUGGCAUUUAAAUGGUUCAAUUUCCAAACAAUAGAUAAAUAGAUUUUAAAAUAUGAAUAUUUGGUAGUUAUGAUCAGGACUGCUGUUAAAAUAAUAUACAUGAAUAUAUAAUUCUAUGCCAUUUUUAUCCUCUGAGGAUUUGAGAUGAACUUUGUAAAUAAAGACAUGAGGCAAUGAUGAUAAUGAGCUGUCAAUGUCAGAG